AAAAAAAAAAAAAAAACCAAAAACGAUUAACGAAUGGAAGAAAGAAGAAAGUAGAGGAGGCCAUGUCCCAGAGAGGCGAAUUAGUCAGCUUAGUUUCUAAGUGAUAAACAGAGAGAUCUGAAGGAACAGUGAAAGUUAAUUAAUCACAUGAAGCUAAGAUCUCUAAUUACUCUCCUCUUCCUCUUCUUCAUCGCUGAAUCUCAUGCCAUAUGGCUAACCAUCCCUUCUUCCGGAACCAAGUGUGUCUCGGAAGAUAUCCAGUCCAACGUCGUCGUUUUAGCCGAUUACUAUGUUGUCGCCGAUGAAGUUGACCAUAACCAGAUUCACACCGUCUCUCUCAAGGUAACAUCUCCUUAUGGAAACAACCUUCACCAGAAAGAAAAUGUUACCCAUGGCCAGUUUGCAUUUACAAGCGCCGAGAGUGGGACCUACUUGGCCUGCUUCUGGCUGCAAAACAUAAACAACCAUCAACAACCAACUGUAACUGUUAGCCUUGACUGGAGAACUGGCAUUUCUGCCAAGGACUGGGAAACGGUUGCCAAAAAAGAAAAGAUUCAGGGUGUUGAACUUGAGCUAAGGAAACUUGAAGCAGCUGUGGAAGCCAUCCGCGAAAAUCUAAUUUAUUUGAAGAACAGGGAAGCGGAUAUGAGGGAGGUUAGCGAAUCGACGAAUGCUAAAGUGGCUUGGUUCAGUAUUAUGUCUCUUGGUGUCUGCAUUGUUGUUGCAGCCUUGCAGCUAUGGUAUCUGAAGCGAUAUUUUAGGAAGAAGAAGCUCAUAUAAACAUUUCUAUCUUUUAACACACUUGUGACACUUCACAACACCAGAUUGUAUUAGAUUUUCCUCUUGUGGAUCCUUUUCAUGUACUAUAAUUGAAGGUUAAGUGGGUUGGUUACCCUUGAAGGGAGUUUUUGGUGGUCUUUAACAUUGCAUAAUAUGCAGAAAUUGAAGAGUUGUGCUUACAUUGUUGGAGCUAAAAGAAAAAGGGGAAUAAUGGUGUUUGGUUUU